UCAAUCGGGCUUUUAAAAUCUCUGUAUAAAAGAAGCCGGCGAAUGUGGGAAGCCCAAAUAAUCAAAAGCAGUUAUAAAAGAAAAAUAGGAAAAAAACACACGCUCCUUUUUGCUCUCUUCUCAGGAGAAAGCAGGAGCUUCUCUCUCUCUGCCUCACUCUCUUUCGCUUUCCCCGGAUUGGCUGCCGUUUGUUGUGAGGUUUCGUAUCGCCGGAAAAGGGAAAGAUGCCGCCGGGAGUCGUUGUUGGCUCCGUUGAGACAAGCGUGGGGAGGGGGGAAGGAAGGCAGAUGGGCUGCAUGGCCGGAUUUCUUCAUAUGUUCGAUCGGAGCCAAUUCCUCGGUGGCAGGAGAGUGAGCUCCCGUAAGCGCCUGCCCUGCAUCACCUCCGGCCCUGCCUCGGCUGCUCCCAACACGUCGUGUUUGUCCUCGCCGAUGGGUACGCUUCAGGAAGAGGAUAUGGUGGUAGAUGCCGAAAGACAAGUUCCGGCACCGGAGAAUAUCAAGGAGCCAGUCGUCGUAGUAUGCCGCGACAGGCCGAGAUCGUCGUUCGACAUAAGGGACGUUGUACGGGAUUCUGUAUUCCGUGAUGUUGCCAAGUCGCCGGAGAAACAACCGGUUGCGAUGAAGGAGAAUCAGGAGGAGCCGAAGGCCAUUGGUAUAAAGGACGGCCUCCGGUCGUCUUGGCGCCCUCGAGAGUCCCCGAGACUGUCGCUUGACAGUCGGGCCGCCAUGAGGUCGUCAGGUGGACUCUUUCCUCGGGAGAUACGCACAAGGCUCGUCGAGCCAGACGGCUCAGCAGAUGAGCCAGAGGACAUUGACAGGCAACGCCGCUCUCCGAGCGUCGUUGCGCGGUUGAUGGGUCUCGACGUGAUGCCGGACUUCGAUGCUGGCGCAGGCUUCGGAGGCGGCGAGGACGGCUUCUCUCCCUUGGAGCUCCGCCGCUCGGCCUCGGAGUCUCGGGUCUCGCGGGAGUUCUCAGGGUGGAGCGCCGAUAGAGAGACGCCGCUGAGACGGCAACGCCAGACCAGCGCGGAGAGGUCGGAGCCCAUCGCUCGGGACGUCGCGGCAGCACCGGCCAAGGAACCGCGGCGGUUCCAGCAGAGCAAGGGCUUCGAGUCGGCGGAGAUUUUCCCGGAUGCUAGGCGCUCUGGCAAUCUCUACGGCGAGAUUGAGCGGAGGCUGAAGCUGAGAGGUAUCAAUGAUCCAGGAAGGGAUCUCGAGACGCUGAAACAGAUACUAGAGGCCUUACAAUUCAAGGGACUACUUCACUCUAUAAAAUCCGGCGCCCGCUACUGCCAGGAACGGCGGAAUUUCGUCUUCGAUGAUCGGAAACCAGUAAAUGCGGAAACAGCAGUCGUCACCGUGAGGCCUUUUGCUGCCGUCAGGCCUUCUUCGCCUUCUCCGCCACGUUCUGUCCACCGUCGCUAUGGGACAGAGAGUUCGACGAGGCUGAAGGAUGCCAAUAGCAGGAUUCUAGCACCUGGAAGGAAGCAGACGGUAACCGAACCAUUGCCACCAUCCAACACGAGGAGAAACCGCCCCGCACCUGCAGUUGACGACCUAGGCCUGCGAAAUGUCCGGACUUCGCCGUCGAUGCCGCCAAGAAGCCCCGGCCGAGGAAGAGACUCGGAAAGGAAUUCACCGAGGCAAACGCGGUCGUCUCCAAGAGCGGCCACGGCCAGAGGCGCAGCACCAGAAUCCAGCAGCGCAAGGUCGCCAGGGCACAGGAAGCAAGUUGAGCGGGUUCUAUUUCCGGCCGAAAGCCCGGCCAAGGAGCACCGGCCGUCCACCUUCUCGACGAACAGACGUAGUACGCCUUCCCCCAUCAAUUCUGAGAGGUCGCGGACACACAAGAAAGAUGAGUGCGCGGAAAGAAGGAUCCUGCUGGAUCGGUGUGACAAAGAAGCCAUGGAGCAGCCGAGCCCCGUCUCUGUGCUUGACGCUCCCUUCGGCAACGAGGACAGCUCUCUUUCUCCCGUCCCGAAGAGAUCGAUCGAUUUCACAGACGACCAUCUGUUCGACAACGACGACUUAUCCGUUCUGCAAUCGAAGGAAUCGCUGCUCUCUGCCUUCACCGAAGACGAGAUCCGCGAUGUCGACUCGGACGAUUUCCGAUACGUAUCGGACAUCGUCCUCGCUUCAGAGAUGCUGCUUCAGAGCACGACAGGGAAGGGGUCGGCCGCGGUGUUUUCCCUCCUCGAGUCGCGACGGAGGCCGGGCUCCGGGGACUCAGACCACCGGAGGGUCCAUCGGCGGCUAGUCUUCGACACGGUGAUGGAGAUCCUGCAGAGGAAGCGGCAGCAGCGAGGAGAGGCGUACGUCGUGGGAAGGAGGCUGCUGCGGCAGAUCUGGACGGAGUUCCGGCGCAUCCAGCGGCUGCUGCCGGUGGAGGACUUGUGCGACAUGGUGAGCGGCGUGAUUCGGAAGGACCUCUACGGUGCGCCCGCCGUGGACGGUUGGACGGCGGAGUGUCCUGCGGGGACGGCAGACGCGGUGCUAGACAUCGAGCGCCUGAUUUUCAAGGAUCUCGUCGUGGACACAAUCCGUCAGCUCGCUUUCCUUACCGAACGGAACGCCGAACUCGCCCGACCCACGCCCAACCGAGUCCAGUUAGGGGCUUUCCGCACCAUUUUGUAAGUUCGGGACAUAUUGUUCGGAUUAACCUGUUGUACCUACGGUCACCUUCUCCACGAUGUAAAACUCCGGAAUACAAUAAAUAGUUCUGGAAAAAUUUCACCUAAGCCAAGGUCUAAAUCAAAGUCUAAAUAGGAUUCUUGAAACCAAAUCCGAGACGGGCUAGAUCCAACCCGAAUCCCAACUGUAUACGUCCCUACCCCUUCCCACCUUUUCAUUACUUGUCAUAGUCACCUAAUAAAUGUGCCAUCUAAUGAAGUGGAUUCAUGCGCCA